GGCGCCGCCUCCCUCGCCGGGGCCGCGCCCGCGCUGCUGCCGCUGCCCGCGGGAGCGGCCCGCGGGGCGCGCCCGGGCAGGUCGGCGGGCCGCGGCGUGGGGGCCCCAAGCGGCAUCCCCGCGUGAAGAGGCGCCCUCGGGAGGCAGGAAGCGGCUCGCCGCGGCGCAGGGGGCCGCGGCGAGGGCCCGCCGGGGCGCCAGGAUCGAGGCCCAGUCUAUUGGGAGUGCUCAGCGAUGGCGCCCCGUGGCGAGUUGAUCCCGAUGAACUGCGCUGGAGUUGGGGGGGGUCUUUGUCGCGAGGUGAUGAUUACUGGAAUCAGUGCUGGGGAUCCUGCAGAGGUGAUUCUGCUCACCGCCGACGGCGACCAUUAUCAGUUCAAUCUAGCUCCUGGAGACGACGUCGAGGCCGUCUACUGGAUCGGGAUGCAAGGAGGACAUCCCGCCCAUGUUCCCGAAAACAUGAUCUACCGCUUCCGCCAGCACGUGCCGUCGCAGGAGCGCAACAGGCUCUCCGGGGAGGCGCAAGGCAUGCUUGGUGCACCUCUUGCGCCGCCGCCUGGGCCGCAGGCGCAGCCGCUGAGGAACGCCCAGCUUCCAGGGCUAGGCCGGCCCGCUGGCGUGGGAGCUCGCAGAGCUGACGCUGGACGUGCUUGGGUUUACGCGGAGGACUACGGGAGCCACCAGACGGGGGAGAUCAUUGAGGAGCUACGUGUAGGAGCGGCUGUGCUGGGAGAGCGGGCUGAGUGUGGGGGAGCGGUCUUCAUACAAGGGAGGGGUGGAAGAGGAAACGCUCUAAACCACCGACGCCCAGAGGGCUGGUGGGAUUUCAAUCCUGCGCUGCUUUCAGUUGACCUUCAACGAUAGCUCUCUGCGGCGAACCGGCCAGCUGCGAGUCCUGCCUUUUUCCUGACAGUUGCCAAUAGACAAUGUUUCG